GAAAUACGUCACAUUUCUCAUCGGGACCGCCCCAACAUGGCGCCCAAGCAACGUGGUGUUCGGGCCAAGUCUUCCAAAGCGGACAGGAGCGAUGAGAUCAUGGAGAGUUGUGGUUUGGAGUUGGGCUCCAGCGACGACGACGCGCCCGAGGUGGUCACCUUUGAGGACUCCAAGGCCCAGGCGCUGCGGAGUGUCAAGCAGGCCCUGGAAAGUGCGAGAAGGGAGAAGGAUCUGCUGAAGGAGAGGAGGAAGAAGAGGCAGAAACUCUUCCAGGAGCAAAAGAAGAGAAAACUUCUUUCUGUAGAACUUCUGGAGGAAAUCGACUCGUUACAGAAGCAGAGCCAGCGAAAAGCUGAAGCAACACCUCAAGAUGAAGAGCAGCGUGAAGAGGAAUUAGAAGAAAUGACAGAGACAAAGCAGGAAAAACUGGAACACUCCAGAAAGCUGAAGGGGAACUACAAGGUGACGACGGUGAAGCCUCAAGCGUUGUCAUCAUUUCAGCAGAAGACGGCUGAGGACUUCCUUCAGUCGCGGCUGUACGGCGCCGGAAGUCGCCGCGCCACCAGCAGCCAACUGCUGUCACUUCAAAAUAAGACAGCGAGGACCAAAGGCGCAGCGGUUCAGUUUGUCAAGAGCCAAUGGGCUCGUGAGCAAAAGAGUAAAGCGGAGAAGCUGAAGCUGCGGUGGAUACGCAAGCAGAUUCCCUCCAGCUGAUUGGACGCCUGCAAGGACACACCCUCUCCCUCCUCUGUGACUGGAUGCCAAAUACUUUUGGCUGUGGGAAAAAUGGACAUGUCAAGCUUGACCGUGUCGUCGGUCCUGAGACUGAAUGUUGUCCACUUCCUUUGUGUGAGGACCAAUCAUGGAUGAGCCUUCUUUCGACUGAGAACAAUUGCCGUGGCAACCAGUGCUCUGCGACUGUUCAUGACAGGUGGUGGAUCGCUGUUUGUUGCUAUGAAUUGUGGGUAAUUUGUCGCAUUUUCAUAAAAUAAAAAUCAUUUUCCAGAUGACCAAAA